UAAGGCAGAUGGAGGUGCCAGUUGUACGUUCUCUCUAGCUCUGGGUAGUACCUCACCAUGCUGCCUGUUUGACACGUUUAACAGUUGUCCUGGAGAAGGCUUUACAUCUUAAAUAACCGGAAGGCUCCUGUUUUUGGCAGAAAAGGAAGAGAUGAAGAAGAUUUGUAACAGUUGGAGAAAUUACUGAUAACCCUCCUCUCAGCUCACACAAACCGCAAAAACGGAAGGCUUUGGAGUAUUCAAUUUUUUCUUUCGUUGUAUGUUUUUUCUCUUCCUUAUCGUGGUGCUGGGAGGUGCUUCAUCUUUUCAUAUAUUCGCUCUCUCCAUCAUUUGCCUCCUCAUUUAUUUCUCCAUCUACCUGCUGUACAAUUUCCUCUAUUUAUGAGUGAGAGAGAGAGGAGGGGGAGUUUUUAUUUUUAUUUUGGGACUUUUUUUAUUUCCCUUGUCUCUUUCCUCUCUCCCUCCUCACCAUUUCAUCCCUUUUGAUCAUUAUUCCUUUCCUUCUCUCCUCUACCAUUUUCCACCAAUUCUCCACAGCACAUUCCUAUCCCUCUCUUUCUCUGUCUUUAAACUCAGAUGUAAAUUAACUUGGACUGAAUUUUUUAAAGAAAGAGACAACUAAACAACAACUCUUCUUCAAUGACUCCUUUUCCCCCAUUUCCCUUCUCUUCCUCCUCUGGUCCUUCCUCACCCACAUCCUAUGCAUCACAAUUUUGCGGGAUUCUUAAAUUGGUAACUCUAGGUAGGUUUACUAUUGUUUAGUGUCUGUCUAUCUGUCUGUCUGUGUGUGUAUUUGUGUGUGCUUUACGUAUACAUAAAACACACAUACACACACACUCACACACUAAACUAUGGCGAAAGGAGAGAGAUUAUAUCUGGUACUCAUAGUCAGUUGAUGUUGGUCUCACAAUUCUCCCAUGCCCAUUCUUUCGCCGCGUCGGUUCAGUCAAACUUCAUCCAUUUUUAAUUGUUGUCUUUGAGGAAUACAGUUAUCUAUCUUGGCGUUUUCUCUGUCUCGCCUUAUACAUUGCAUUUCUCAUAUGUACCUGAUGCCAUUUUGAGUCUUAAUUGGAACAUUAGCACAAAAUAAUUACGUUUUGCCUGAAGUUUUGACUUGUGAUUUAGCAAACUGUGUAUUUGGACAGUAAACUUGAAAACUGCCAAUGUUGGGUAAGGUAUUAUUGGACCCCUAUGGUUAUUUCUGGUUGUUUGACAUAUCAUGGUUAAUGCUUGAUUUUCAAUUUCUUUCAUUCAGCUGGUCCAUCACCUGUAUUUAGCUUUCUCGCCCCCACCCACCCACUUGCCCUCUCUCUCUCUCUCUCUCUCUCUCUCUCUCACCAUGAAUUAUUGACACGCACACAUUACCCAAAAGUAAUAAACGUCCCAUACCAAUUUCCCUUUUAGUAUUCAAUUCCAUUUGUUUCUGCAUCUUUCAUUUAGCGGACCCCUCCUUAUUUCGGUUUUAUGUUUUUUCAACUAGAAAGGACAAUUCUCCAUUAAUUGUCUCUAAAGCUGUUUCUUCCCCUUCCUUGUAUUUCACCUCUCUUGUAUCUCAAAAGGCACGUAAAUCAGGAAAGACUUCCGGGCUUAGUUGUUGAAAAGUAGAUUAAAAAUCUUGUAAAGCCUUGGCUUGCGACACAUCUGAAGACCGCUGUUCACAGUGCGUGUGUAGGUUUGAAAUAGUGACAGACUGAUAGACAGAUAAGAAUAGAAAUCAGUAGGAGAAGAAUGUUGUUCAUUUCAUUGCUCUCCAUCGCUCUCUGUCAAAUUCCCCUCUUUUUCUAUGAUGGUUCUUCUCAGCGUCUGAGUUGUAUGUCUUAUGGGAGGUCCCUUUUCAGUCAUCAGCAUCACCAGUUCAUCCAAAAUAAGUUAUUAAUGUAACACACACACACACACACACAGUUUAUGACAAACAAUUUCAAUCAAUAGCAUUUACAUCUUCAACUUUUGUCUUUUUUCUUCUUCUUGUGAAUUGAAAAGGGGGUUCAAUUCAAACAAACACCCCAUGCUUAUUGCUUUGAGUGAGAUUUCACCAUGAAGGACUAAGGAACCCACACCACAUUUUGUGUUUUCAAGUGGCAGCUCUGUCUUUACUGUUGUCCCACUCCUCUGAUCACCACUAAAUUAAUAAUGAGUUACAGACAAGAGUUAAAUAGUCUUGACAAAGACCGAACGUACAGACAGAUGAUGGUGACUAAAUAGACGAGGGGAGCGACAGAAGAAACAGAAAAAGGGAAGGAGGAAGAGACGCUCUAAUCUCCGCAUUGCCACGGCAACCGUUGUUCACACACUCACACACGGAGUUGUCAGAGGAAACCUCGUCGCGCUGUAUCAUCCAGUGGAAGAAGACGGGAGGAUGAGUCAGACGACAAGAGACGAAUGAGAGAGCGCCUCGCCCCUCUCCAUCUCUUUCUCCAUUCGUCAUUUCUCAAUUUCUUUUUUUGAUUUCUCCUUACACACUCAAACUUGACAAACGCACACUCCUUCAAUCCAGGUGCUCAUCACUCACUCCAUAAGCCCUCUUCACGUCUACUCCUCUCUGCACGGCUUCAUCUGUUCAUCCUUCCCUCCACCCGGUGCUAUGAGAGGAGUAGUUGAGUCCCAGACCACACCACCAUGCCAGUUCUGAAGAGUAGAGAGGAGAUCUGGGCUGGCAAUGUACAAGGUACUACAUUUACACUCCUCCACGAUGCUUGUCAGCCUCCUCUCCCCCUCCCCACUCCAGGACAGGCGCGUCACCUCCUCCUUCCCCCCCUCCUCCUCCCGAACACACUUCUUCCCCUCAUCAGCACCCUCGGUUGGCCCUUCCCUCCCUCUCCCUCCCUCUCUCCCUCUCUCUCCUCCUCCUCUUCCUAUUCCUUCUGCCCAUCUGCGAGUCGGCGCGGUCACCUGGGAGGGGUGGAGCUGGUCAGGGCGGAGGAGCACCAGGAGGUGCACACGGGACGGGAGGAGCAGGAGGCGAGAAAGGAGGCCAGAGGGGCACAAACCUCAUCCCCCCUCACUACCCCCCUUACUACCCCCCAGUAUCCCCUGCCCGGCCGCCUGCGCCCCCCCUUACCUCCCAAAGUGGCCUCCUCUCUCAGCAUCGCCGUCAUCCUGGUGGGCAACUCUAGCGAGGUGUCGUCCACCUACGUAGAGAAAGAGGAGUUCCUCCAUGUACCCCACCCUACCAAAGUCCAACUGGAGACCAUGAACGACACGGACCCCAAGAGUAUCAUCAACCGCAUCUGCACCCUGAUGACCAACACCUGGCUGCAGGGGGUGGUGUUCGGGGACGACACGGACCAGGAGGCCAUCGCCCAGAUCCUGGACUUCAUCUCUGCCCAGACACACAUCCCCAUCCUGGGCAUCCGAGGAGGCUCCUCCAUGGUCAUGGCUGCCAAGGACGACCACUCCAUGUUCUUCCAGUUUGGCCCGUCCAUAGAGCAGCAGGCCUCCAUCAUGCUGAAGAUCAUGGAGGAAUACGACUGGUACAUCUUCUCCAUCGUCACCACCUACUACCCCGGAUACCAGGACUUUGUCAAUAAAAUCCGGAGCACCAUAGAGAACAGUUUUGUGGGCUGGGAGCUAGAAGAAGUCCUCCUGUUGGACAUGUCUGUGGAUGACGGAGACGCUAAGAUCCAGAACCAGAUGAAGAAGCUGCAGAGCCCUGUCUACCUGCUUUACUGCACCAAGGAGGAGGCCUACACCAUCUUUGAGGUGGCAAACUCUGUGGGACUGACGGGAUACGGGUACACCUGGAUCGUACCGUCGCUAGUGGCCGGCGACGCCGAUAAUGUCCCCGCCGUGUUUCCCACAGGGCUAAUUUCGGUGUCGUAUGACGAAUGGGACUACAGUUUGGAGGCUCGGGUGCGGGAUGCAGUGGCUGUCAUCGCCAUGGCAACCUCCACCAUGAUGCUGGACCGGGGGCAACACACACUGCUCAAGUCUGGCUGCAACGAAACCCCUAACAAGAAGGGCUCCAAACAAGGCAACUCCAAUGAAGUACUCAAGUAUCUGAUGAACGUGACGUUCGAGGGACGUAACCUGUCGUUCAGUGAGGAUGGAUACCAGAUGCAUCCCAAGCUGGUCAUCACCCUGCUAGACAAGCAGAGACGCUGGGACAAGGUGGGUAAGUGGGAGAACAGCUCCUUGUCCAUGAAGUACCACGUGUGGCCCAGGUUCGAGCUGUUCUCCGAUGGGGAGGCCCGGGAGGACGACCACCUGUCCAUCGUGACGCUGGAGGAGGCUCCCUUUGUCAUCGUGGAGGACGUGGACCCCCUCAGCGGCACCUGCAUGAGGAACACCGUGCCGUGCAGGAAACAGCUUAAAAUACUCAACCAGACAGUACCUGGCCAGUACACCAAGCGCUGCUGUAAAGGUUUCUGCAUCGACAUCCUGAAGAAGAUCGCCAAGCAGGUCAAGUUCACCUAUGACCUCUACCUGGUCACCAACGGAAAGCACGGCAAGAAGAUCAACGGCACCUGGAAUGGAAUGGUCGGGGAGGUGGAGCAGAAGAAGGCCCACAUGGCCGUGGGGUCACUCACCAUCAACGCGGAGAGGUCUGAGGUCAUUGACUUCUCCGUGCCCUUCAUCGAGACGGGGAUUAGUGUCCUGGUCUCCCGUAGCAACGGCACUGUCUCCCCCUCCGCCUUCCUUGAGCCUUUCAGUGCGGACGUGUGGGUGAUGAUGUUUGUGAUGCUGCUGCUCGUGUCGGCGAUUGCUGUGUUUGUGUUUGAGUACUUCAGCCCGGUCGGCUACAACCGCUGCCUGGCAGACGGACGAGAGCCCGGUGGCCCCUCCUUCACCAUCGGCAAGGCCAUCUGGCUGCUGUGGGGCCUGGUUUUCAACAACUCUGUCCCCGUCCAGAACCCUAAAGGCACCACCAGUAAGAUCAUGGUGUCGGUGUGGGCCUUCUUCGCUGUCAUCUUCCUGGCCUCUUACACUGCCAACCUGGCUGCCUUCAUGAUCCAGGAGGAGUAUGUGGACCAGGUGUCGGGCCUCAGUGACAAUAAGUUCCAAAAACCCAACGCCUUCUCCCCGCCAUUCCGUUUCGGAACGGUGCCCAACGGAAGCACGGAACGGAACAUCCGCAACAAUUACCCGGAGAUGCACCAGUAUAUGACCAGCUUCCACCAGAAGAAUGUGGACGAGGCCCUGGCAAGCCUCAAGGGAGGUAAAUUGGAUGCCUUCAUCUACGAUGCUGCUGUGUUGAACUACAUGGCCGGGAGGGACGAGGGCUGUAAACUGGUGACCAUCGGCAGCGGGAAGGUGUUCGCCACCACCGGUUACGGCAUCGCCAUCCAGAAGGACUCUGGCUGGAAGAGAGCAGUGGACCUGGCCAUCCUCAUGCUGUUUGGCGAUGGAGAGAUGGAGGAGCUGGAGGCUCUGUGGCUGACGGGGAUCUGCCACAACGAGAAGAACGAGGUGAUGAGCAGCCAGCUGGACGUGGACAACAUGGCAGGCGUCUUCUACAUGCUGGGGGCGGCCAUGGCUCUGUCGCUCAUCACCUUUAUUGCCGAGCAUGCCUUCUACUGGCAACUGCGCUUCUGCUUCAUGGGCUACUGCACCGGCAAGCCAGGCUUUACCUUCUCCAUCAGCAGGGGCAUCUGGAGUUGUAUCCACGGGGUCCAGAUCGAGGAGAACAAGUCGGCCAUGGACUCUCCAUCGGCCACCAUGAACAUGAACAUGAACAACACCCACUCCAACAUCCUGCGACUGCUCCGCACAGCCAAGGACAUGACCGCCAUCCCGGGGGUCAACGGCUCGCCGCACACGCACGGCGCCCUGGACUACGGUGGCCACCACCGUGGCGGCGGCGAGUCGCCCAGCAUCUACGACAUCUCCGAGCACCGGCGCAGCUUACAAGAGCGCAAGGCCCCGCCACCGCCCUACCUGCCCGAGGACAACAUGUUCAGCGACUACAUCAGCGAGGUGGAGAGGACUUUUGGCAACUUGCCCCUGAAGGACAACAACCUGUACCAGGACCAUUACCUGCACCACCACUCAGGCCCGGGACCCGGGCUGGCUCUGGGUAUGUCCGGCCCCCCGCCUAACAGGCCGAGUAGCUUAGGCAGUACCAGUUCAUUGGAGGGAGGGAUGUUUGAUUGUGACAGUUUAGGGGGAGGGGUAGCGCCCAUAUUCACCACACAGCCCCGCGUUGCCUCCCUGACUCACAGGAACACCAAUAAGUUUGACCUGAUCGCCGGCCACACCUCGGCCUCCGGUCAGCAGGGGGGUCAGUUCAAGUCGAACGACCUCUACGGGAGGUUCUCCUUCAAAGGCGGGGCGUCCAGUUCUGGGUUUAUCGACAGGGGCGGUCACGACAGGUACUGCAUGGGUGGAGGAGGAGGGGGUGGCGGGGGCGGGGGCGAUGAUGUGUCGGAUAUCUCCUCACACACCAUCACCUACGGCAAUCUGGAGGGCAACGCCAAGAGGCGUAAACAGUACAGGGACAGCUUGAAAAAGAGGCCCCACUCAGCCAAAUCCAGACGGGAGCAGGACGAGAUUGAUUACCGGAGGCGAGCCCACCACCAUCACACCGUCCACCACCACUUCUCCCGCGGGCCCCUGGGACACCGCUCGGCCUCCCCACCCCUGGUCCCCUCUGAGCGGAAGAGAGGAGGAGGUGGAGGAGGUGGAGGAGGAGGGGGUAACUCUUCACCUUACUUAUUCCGCGACAAAGAAAAUCUGAGGGAGUUCUACGCGGAGCAGUUCCAUUCCAAGGAGGGCUCUGCCAAGUGGGAGCAUCUGGAUAUGUCCGACGGGCCUUGUCCGAUGGGCGGUAGGGGAGGAGGAGUCGGUGGCGGUAGUAGUGGUAGUGGCAUUUGUAAGAGCCUAGUGCCCGUGGAGGAUUUCCUGAAAGGUAACAAACCCAAGAAGUCAGAGGGCAAAAGUGGCGUAGUCGGAGGAAUGGGCUUGGGGUCAUCAGGGCAACAGGCCCACACGUGUUGGGAGAAGAACAUGUCUGAAGUGGGGGGUGGAGGCAUAGCAGGGGGUGACUGGGAGUGUCGGAAUCACAGUGGUGGUGGCGGGGGAGGAGGAGGGAAGUCCAUCUCUCACCAUGGACCAGGGGGCACCUGUACGCAUGGGAGCGCUAGUGGCGGAGGGGGAGGAGGGGGUGGGAGCGCUAGUGGCGGAGGGGGAAAUAGUCGUCCAAGCUCUGCUACUUGCAAACGGUGCGAGUCAUGUAAGAAACCAGGCAACCUGUAUGACAUCAGUGAAGAUAACCUCAUAUUUAGCCAGAUGGGGGGUGGAGGGGGGAAGAGUGGUGACGCUGGGGGUGCUGUCCAAUCACAAAGUCAUGCACAGCGCAGGAAGCUAGGGCCAGGUGGGCGGGUGUUACGGAGGCAACACUCCUACGACACAUUUGUGGAUUUGCAGAAGGGGGGGGACGGCGGACGCAUGGGCGGGGGUGGAGGAGGAGGUGGGGGAGGAGGGGGAGGAGGGGGGCAGCUCCUCCCGCCCAGAAGCGUGAGCUUGAAAGACAAAGACCGCUACAUGGAGGGCGUUAGCCCAUACGCCCAAAUGUUUGCCCAGUACGCGGAGAGGGACAGAGAUAGUCCCUCCUUUUUCAAUCGGGGUGGUAGUGAGCGGGAGAGGGCGAAAGGAGGCUCCUCCUUCAGUUUGUUCCGAGGCGAACGAGGCGAAGGUGGGUUGCACCGUCGGUCGGUGGGGGAGAAAGACAUGAGGGACAGGGAUAGAAGAAUGAUGGGAGGUGGAGGUGGAGGUGGUGGGGGCGGUAGUGGCAAAGGGGCCGGGACUUACUCCUUGUCUAAAUCUCUCUACCCAGAUAAGGUGACCCAGAACCCCUUCAUCCCAACCUUCGGCGACGACCAGUGUCUAUUACAUGGCGGCAAACCGUACUACGUCAAAAUGUCUCCACAGCAACAGCAACAACCGCCACAGCAUCUCCUCAACAACAGCCGUGGGGACUUCCGAGGCUCCAUGGGGGUGCCUUCAUAUUUGCCGGCGUCAGCCACGACGGGGGUCAUGUCCAACGUGACCCCCAGGUUCCCCAAUGAUCUGUGUCUUGGGGGAGGGUUGGGGGGGCCCAUGGGGAACCACCAUGGCCCCAGACUGGGAGGCAACAAGCUACUGCCGGUCAGGGACGGGGGGUUAGGGUUGGUGGGGCAGGGCGGCCAGAGACCCUUCAAUGGCUCGAGCAACGGCCACGUUUACGAGAAGCUCUCCAGCAUCGAGUCUGACGUCUGAAAGAAAGAGAUUGAGCUAGAGAACAGGAUAAUUGCUUCUCCGUCUGAAGAGAACGAAUAGACGCUACAUUGUGUACAUCGUUCUCAUAUUUCUAACUGAGGAAGGUUAGUUGGACAAUGGACACUGCGGACAGAGUGAAGGAGAGUGAAGGAACUGUCAAGUGUAACAGAAAGCGACACGACUUCUAAUGAGAAAAUGAAUGGAUUCUGCUGCUUGACUCUGAGACUGUGAGGGAGGAGGAGAGAAAUCUCUCCUCCGUUUCUCCUCUCCUUCUUCACUCCCUCUAAUCUUUCUCUCUCUUCCACUCGCCUGCUGUUCCUUACACCAAAACAAACAUUUUGCUUAGCUAUCAGAAAUACAAUCAAAUUAAUGAAAAAUCUAAUACUUUUCUUGAAGUAACAGGGUAAACUAACAAUAAUUGUAUUGAUAAUGUUGUUAAUGAUAUUAUUGAAUAUAAUUAAAUUGUUUAAGAUGUUCAGUUUGGGCUCGUUUUCUUUUUUUUUAAUAGUUCAUGUUGUUAUAUAUUUGUACUAUUGUUAAUUAUUUGCUAGGCCACCAUAUUACAGGAGACUAAUAGACUAUUUGUUAGGAAGAAAUGUUACUUAAGUACCAAUACUUUUAGGUUGUGUAAUUCAGAUGUCUUCUUAAUUCUUGAUUAUCCAUAUUUUCUGUUCUUGGAGUGCUGUGAAAAAGUAUACUGUAUGUGAAAGGCAUGAUUUGCUGAGUACAUUUUCCAUAUACUUGACAUCUUAUAGUGAAGGAGAAAGUACUUAUGUGGCAUCAUACUGGUUUGCAAUUUAGAUUUCUUGUUUUGCCUGGCAGUACGUCGGGAGUAGUGGUGAUCUCAGAUACCGAGCGGGAUGUGCCUUACUGAACUCACUACAAUCAUAAAGAUAUGAAGACUCCUCCUCCUAUCGGUAGAAAGGGUGUUCAUUCUGUGGACAAUUCAGUUAUUAACUAGUAAUUCAUAAAGUGCUUAUCAUGUUCUCUGAGAAUCCACUUAGCUGAGAUUUUGCUUUAAAUGAGAUCCACCCACCUGAAAGGAGAGAGAGUUGCAUCAUGGACGAUGUAGUUUUCCACUCGUUUCACUCGGGUGCUUGUCAAGAGGCUCUUAUCUCACCCUUUAGCUUUCCAUAAAUCAUUUGAUUUACCGUUUUAAAUCCCAACAUAUCACAAGUCCCCCUUAUAUACCCAAAGGUAAACUAUCAAUUACACUUAUUAUAAUUUUUGUG